UGAUAACCGGAGGCAAGACAAGAGGGGACUUUUGAAUUAUAAUACAAAAAGCUCCCAACAAAUAGAAUUCAUAUCAAAAUCAAAUUCGUCUCUUUGCUUGUUAACUUGAAGAGGACGAAAGAGAUGAACAGUAAUGGUAGAAGAGAUGAUGAAGAAAAGGGUUUGAUCUGGAAGCUUCCUCAAAUUAAGCUCAAGGACCUCGGCAAAGUCGGUCCCGCUUUCGGCGCCGGCAUUGGCUGCGGCGUCGGUGUCGGCGUUGGUCUCGUAGGAGGUAUAGGCAUUGGUCCUGGAUUUCCUGGUCUACAGUUUGGGGCUGGGUUCGGUGCAGGAUGUGGCGUUGGUAUUGGAUUUGGCUAUGGUCUCGGUAAGGGUGUUGCUCAUGAUGAGUAUAGGAGAUACUCUAAUGUUGGGACUUCGGAUGUGCUCGGUGCUCUAGUUGAUGAACUUGCCUCUAAUACCAAGAAAAUAGUCAAAGUGACUUCAAGAGAAAUUGAGAAGUGGAGAAGAUAGAUCAAACUUUGACAAUCUCUUCGUCUUCAAUUUGCGUUAAGUAGGAACCUUUUAGUUACAGUAUUUUAGCUAUACAUAUGCGUGCAUUAUAGAAAGUGGUUAUUUGGCGAUGCAGAUUGUGCAAGUAUCUAUCAUAUAAGGUGAUUCAUCUUUUCUUAUUUUUAGUUAUAUAAUGGUAUAUGUGAUAACCAGAUAUUUGUUUUAAGUUAAACGCUUCCCAUAAUCAUAGUUGACAUCUUGUUGCACUCGACAUUCGACAAGUUGUCGUCAAUCAAUGUCUUCAUAAAGGUCUACGGUCUCUCCUUCUCAGUAUUCGCUACUAUA